AUGUGCUCAGAUUUAUUCGGCAAAGGGAUACCAUACUCUGCAGAAUUCAAUCAACAGGCUGUGCAAAAAACCAACCACCAAUAUGGUGGCCGACACAAUUUCAAGGGGACAAAUAUGGUGAUGACACAUGGCUCGCUCGAUCCAUGGCAUGCUCUCCGUAAUGAAACGUGUGACCCUUCCAAUAACUGCUUUUUGAUUAAAGGAACUGCACACUGUGCAGAUAUGUAUCCAGCUCGAGAACAAGAUGUGUCUGAGCUCCGUGAAACCCGCGGAAAGAUUGAAGAAAUUAUCAGGAAAUGGUUGAACCCAUCUGCUCCAAACGAUGUGCAGACCGAUAAACGGACAAAUUUCCCAAGUAACAUUGUCACGAGCUCUCCGCCUGCUCCAGUUGAAGUGACCACUGAGGACGCCCAUCGUUCAAUCAACUAUGACAAUUCUGAGAAUAAGGCUACUGCUAACACUUCUGUCGGAAGCAUGGUUUGCAGUGAGCUGAUCAUCUUCUUCACAGCGAUGACCGUAUUCAUUCGGCCAGCAUUUCUGCUGUAG